UACAAACAUUGGCGUUGGCUGAGCACGAAGGUGAAAGAGCAUGGAUACCAUGUAACGUGAUUUCGGUCACAUGACGAAACUGCCCUCGGUACAACCGUUAACCGUGAACCGUGAACCGUGAACCGUGAACCGUGAACCGAGCCAGACCACCAUGGACGGCGGCGGCGGAAACCGAGAGGAGGCGGAGCGGUGGCUCUACACGGCCAACAAGCUCCUCAGCGCGCGCGACCUCCACGGCGCCCGCUCCUUCGCGAUCCGCGCGCGCGAGUCGGACCCGACCUUCGAGGCCUCGGAGCACCUCCUGACGGUGAUCGACACGCUCCUGGCCGGCGAGGCGCGGAUCAACGACCACCACCGCGACUGGUAUGGGAUCCUCCAAAUCCUCCGCUACAGCACCAACAUGGACCAUAUCGGCGCCCAGUACCGGCGGCUGGCCCUCCUCCUUGACCCCCAACGCAACCUCUUCGCCUUCGCCUCCCACGCCUUCUCCCUCGUCCACGACGCCUGGUCCGUCCUCUCCAACCCCGCCAAGAAGGCCAUGUACGACAGCGACCUCCGAUUGCUCACCACCCCCACGCCGCCUCCCCCCGAACGAAACCCUAGAUCCUCUCACAACUCCUCCGACUCCACUCGCCCCACUCCUCCCCCUCCCGACUCCACUCGUUCCGCCACCGUCGAAACCAGUUUCUGGACCUCCUGCCCUUACUGUUACGUUCUCUAUGAGUACCCGAAAGUUUACGAGGAGUGCACCCUCAGGUGCCAGAGUUGCCGGAGGGGGUUCCAUGCGGUGGUGAUACGCUCGCCGCCGCCCUUGUCUGGGAAAGACGCUUCCUAUUGUAGUUGGGGGUUUUUCCCUUUAGGGUUUUCUGGGAAUUCCAAGGAUGUGAACGGGUUUUCCUCCAAUUGGAACCCCUUUUCCCCCUUGUUCCCUUGCCCCUUGAGAGGCUCGUCCGGUAGGAAGCCUCAGAGGAAUUGGGAUUACUACGACGACGAGGCUGCCGCCGCCUUCAUCGAGUUGUCCGACCCGAGCGACGACGAUUCCGGCGACGGCGACUGGAGGGGUGAUAAGAGCGAGGGGAGGAAGAGGACUAGGCUGAAGAGAAAAUCUGGCGAUGGUAGGAGGGAAAAUGCGGGGAGGCCUAGGAAGGGUGCUCAUGCAGGGCAUGAGAAUGGAGCCUCUCGUGAUGCUGCUAUUAAUGUAAAUGCUAAUUCUAAUGCCAACGCUGCCUCUGGUGUUCCAUCUGGUGCAAAGGCUGCAUUGGGUGGUUCGAGGAGGAGGGGUGCGGGAAACUUGGGCAAGUUGGAUUUGAAUGUAGAGUUUAGCAAUGAGGUGGAGGAGCCUUCCCGUGGAGUGCACGAUCGGGAAGGGAAUGCUGCUGGGCAUGCUGAGGAUAAUAUUGAAGGGAUUGGGUUUUUUGAAGGACUUGAUGAGUUUCUCAGUAGCUUGCCAAUUCUCAAUGUUGUGGCAGAUGAUAAGGUUAAGGGUCAUUAGUCUUGUAAAUGCCUUUUUUUUUUUUUUUCCUUUGGUUGUUGUAGAUUUAGAUGUUGUUACCUUUAUGUUUGUACUCAGAUAUACAAAAUGAUGCUGAGCUAUUGUGAAUUCUUGUCAUUGUUAAAUUAUAUAAUAAUUUGCGGCAAUAUCUCUUUGCUUUAGUUUUGAA